UCCUCUAUAUAAAGGGUACCAAUUGCCUCUAAGAAAAUACAACAAACCAAUCCACAACAUUAUAUAUCUACAUUUCAAUACUUACAUUAGUAUUAAGUUAACGAUCUAACACCACCGUACACCACCUUUCUAGCUAUUAAAAGCUUACACGAUGAACAACCUUUCUUAUUUCGUCGUCUUUUGUCUCUUAGCCACUCUAUCUCAUGCCAUAGAGAUCGACUUUUGUGUCGGGGAUCCUAGUCUUCCGAGAGGACCUCAAGGAUAUGGUUGCAAAGAUCCUGCUAAAGUCACAACUGAUGAUUUUGUUUACACAGGUUUUCGUGGUGAAAAAACUCCUAACAAUGUUUUUGGAAACAAUGUAACAUUAGCAUUUUCAGAUGUGUUCCCAGCCUUUAAUGGUUUAGGCAUAUCUAUGGCCAGGUUAGACUUCGCCGUAGGAGGAGUAAUUCCAGUACACUCCCAUCGUACGUCAGAAGUUCUUAUUUUGGUUAAAGGUUCAAUCAUUGCUGGAUUUAUUGAUACCAACAACACCGCAUACUAUAAAAGAUUAGAGGUUGGUGAUGUAAUGGUGUUUCCACAAGCCAUGCUUCACUUCCAAAUCAACGUUGGCAAAACUCCGGCUACUGCAUUUGUUAGUUUGAAUGGAGCAAACCCUGCACUACAACUCACUCCCACCGCCUUAUUUGCUGGGAACUUACCUGCUGACAUUGCCCAGAAAAUCACACUUUUGAGUCAAAAGGAAGUUAUGCGGAUGAAGCGACUAUUCGGCACUGCUUAACAAAAUUCCUUUGCAAAAUUAUUCUAAAUUCCAACAUAAUAAAUUAUGAAAGUUUGUAAUAAAUUUUUUUUAUGUAUAAUUAUUUUAUGUCCUUUGUAUUCCUUCAUUUUUUUGUGUUAAUUACUUGUAUUUUUGCUAUUUAUUUUAAGUUGAACAAUAUGAUGCGUAGUAUUGAUGUAUUCUUACAUAAUUGUAUUAAUAUAUAGCUACAGGUAAUAUUAUGCUUUCAUCAACA